AGCUGACUGCACUUACCCUAUUUCGAGGGUAUGAGCAAGGAGCACUUCAGAGGGCAAGCAAACGUUGGAUUUGAAGUGACUAGCUUACAAGUAGGCGACUCCUUACAUGCUUUUGUAGUGUACUCCUGGAUAACAACGAGCCUAGCUUUGACCUACUACCUGACGUGCUGCUAAUCGUUUAAACUGAUCACAGCGCGAUGGCUGUGCAACCAAAUCCAGAAAACAACCGGUUUGUCACAUGACUGUGCUUAUCAUGAGUUUGUUUCCGCGUCUGAAUGAAAGAGAGAGAGAGGCGCAUAUCUGAACUGUUACGUUCCGCAAAAACGCCGCCGAGACAAGGUGAGAUUCCGGGCAAGGGGACCCGCACAUUUACCAUCGCUCGGACACGCUGCGGCAAGAACAUGCUCACACGGAUGAAAUCAGCUGUGGCCAAUUUUAUGGGAGGUAUGAUGACUGGCAGUUCAAACGUUGACCAUUUCGGUGGCUCCGAUUUACCGCUGAAAUAUCCGUACACAAGACCGGAGUUUCUGGGACUGUCACCGGAUGAAAUCGAGUGCUCGGCGGAUCAUAUUUCUCGGCCGAUCCUCAUUCUGAAAGAGACGAAGAGGCUGCCAUGGGCAACUGGUUAUGCAGAGGUGAUCAAUGCUGGGAAGAGCCUUCUGAAUGAGGACCAGGCAUGCUGUGAGGUGGUGGUGGUGAAGAGGAGACCCAGUGCUGGGGGAAACUCCACCCCCAACAUGACCGCCACCACACGAAGGAGGUCCUCCCUGCCCAAUGGAGAGGGACUGGGGCUCAGAGAGGAUGCUGAUGCAGUGCCCGGACUGACCUUCCACUACUGGGGGCUGUUUGACGGCCAUGCGGGCUCAGGGGCGGCGGUGGUGGCGUCUAAACUGCUCCAGCACCACAUCAUAGAACACCUCCGAGAGGUCCUGGAUGUCCUGAGGAACCCGGCCCAGCUGGUCCCCAUCAUCCACGGGGAAGAGCCCAACAACCACAACCUCACCCCCAACACCCACAGGGGCAUCACCAGGACCGCCUCACUGCGGGGGGCCGCAGGGGCACCCGGCUCCCCCAGUCACCCCCCUCCCACCAGGUUCUUCACAGAGAAGAAGGUCCAUCAUGAGAGCCUGGUGAUGGGAGCCAUAGAGAAUGCGUUCAAAGAGAUGGAUGCCCAGAUUGAGAGAGACAAGGCUGUGUUUAACGUCUCGGGAGGCUGUACUGCUCUGUGUGCGCUCUUUUUACUCGGAAAGCUCUACGUUGGAAAUGCCGGGGACAGCAGAGCGAUCAUUAUCCGAGGUGGAGAGGUAAUCCCCAUGUCUACAGAGUUCACACCCGAGUCAGAGAGGCAGCGCUUGCAGUUCCUGGCCUACAUGCAGCCACACCUGUUAGGGGGAGAGUUUACACAUCUGGAGUUCCCCAGACGAGUACAGAGGAAGGAGGUGGGGAAGAGGAUGCUCUAUAGGGACUUCACUAUGUCUGGCUGGGCAUAUAAAACCAUUGAGGACGACGACCUGAAGUUUCCCCUAAUCUAUGGCGAAGGGAAGAAGGCACGUGUGUUGGCUACCAUCGGGGUCACCAGGGGCCUGGGAGACCACGAGCUCAAAGUGCAUGACUCCAACAUCUACAUCAAGCCCUUUUUGUCCUGCUGCCCAGAGGUCAAAGUGUACCCUCUGACUCAGUACGAACACGGGGCGGAUGACGUCCUGGUGAUGGGGACAGACGGGCUGUGGGACGUUCUCUCCAACCAGGAGGUUGCCGAGGCAGUCACCUGCUUCCUGGCCAACUGUGACCCUGAUGACCAGCAUAGGUACACGAUGGCAGCUCAGGACCUGGUCAUGAGGGCGCGGGGGGUUCUGAAGGACCGAGGCUGGAGGAUAGCCAACGACCGGCUGGGCUCUGGAGAUGACAUAUCUGUCUACAUCAUCCCUCUGAUGUAUGGGAAUCGGCAGACCUAGCCCAGGCCCAGCUCGCCAGCACCCACCAUGGGACUCAAGACAUAGGCUGUGUCCGAAAUGGCGCCCUAUUCCCUAUAUAGUGCACUGCACUACAUUUAGCCAAGUCCAUAAAAAGUAGUGCACUAUAUAGGGUAUAGGAUGCAAUUUUAGGCACUCGCCCAAGUAGCAGACCUAGCUGAGGCCCAGCUAAUCACCCACCAUGGGACUCUAGACAGGCUGCUCCCCCUCUCCCAUCUAUCCUAACCCCCCUUUCCUUAAAUCAAUGCCCUGGUGCUCACACAGUGCUUAAACCUGGAUUGUUUUCCUGGGGAAGCAAAAUGGCACCUGGUUGUUGUACAGUACAGGGUAGCAUGAUUGUGCUUCUCUCUUGUGAAAGGAAAUUCUCAGGAUGUUACAAUAUACAGUACCUUCAGUUUCUUCUUUUGUUUCUGUGUUGCAAAUGAAAAAUGGACAAUUCUGGAGUCAAAGGCCUAUGAGGGCCAUGUAUUUGAAACUAUUCAGUAGGCUAUGGUUUCUGCAUAGCCAAGUAUUUUACAAUGGAAGGGUAUAGCUAUCACUAAGGUGAUCCUACUCUUUUGGAUAUCGCAUGGGACAAUUUUAAAAUAAGGACAAAGGGACCGUCUUUUGAAGUGCAAUGCUUUAUGAUGUUGAUUUUUAGCCUAUUUAGAUGAGAUAUUGUUCAUAUAUUACUGAUUAUGAACAUGUAAAUAAGCUUAAACAUGAAUGGAUUUUAGAUGUAGAUUUCAGUUCUAUACCCUGUUUGAGUUGUGUGUACAGUAUAUGUUAUGGAACCUGUUUUGUUUCUAUGAUGUUCUGUGUGUCUUUUCUGACUAAGGUCAACCAUAGGUCACUGACCUAGAUUAGGGGUGUCAACAUACAAUCUGGCCUGAGGGUGGUUUUAGUAAAAAUCAGUUUUAUGUUUAGAAAUGAUAAUGGAUCUACAUUGUAUACAGUUUCAUGACUGUGUUCAACUUACUAAUAAUCACUUAAAUGAAAGCUAGACAGUCAGGGAGCAUCAAAUUCAAAAAAUGAUGGAUAGAGGCCAAUUUUUUAACCACAUUUUGACAGCUAGGAAAUCAUUUAAAAAAUAUAUGACUAGCAAAAUGACUGACUCUUCUGACCUAGACUGUACAAUCCUACCACAAACAUACUAUAGCUUUCAGAACUGUGGUUUGGGUGUUCCUCUCCAAGUGUAAAAUGAAUGAAGUCAGACUGGUUUGAUUGCCAGUGACUGUUUAUCUCUCAUUGUUUACCUUUUCUCCAUUUUGAUGGGUUUGUGUUUUCUUUGUCACUGCUGUACUCCUGAAUCUGAAUUUACUUAGAGGAUAUGAAGGGACACGUCUUCACAUGUGUAUUACUGGAAACUUUCAAGGAUUUUAUCCUAUCCAUCACAAGACAUUUAGUGGCCAUUUUGGGUACACUCGAUUAUCACGGGGGUCUGUAAUAACCUCUGACCCUCUGUGUGGCUCUAUCCCAUGUACAAUAUAUGAAAUAAUUGAGUAAGACGAUAAAGUAUAGAAUGAGAAAGCUGUAAAACAUUGUCCUAAAUAUACAUUCAGAGAAUACCAUUGGUGUUUAAUGAGGGUUUCAGCAUUAAAUAUAUUUAUUUUUCUAAAAUAUUUUACAAACCUUUUAUUUAUAUUACUAUGUAUUUAUUGGCUUCCAACUGGUGUCAGUUGUGGAAAAAAAGUCAGUUGGCAGAGUUGAGGGAUAAUCAACGAAGGGCUAUGCGUUCUCUGCAAAACAUGAACAACGUGUAAGGUGCGUUCCAAGACGCGAUAGCGGAGUAGACUGACCUUCCCCGGAGUUUGAUUGUUUCCCAGAGAACGCAUAGAGCCCCGAGUUGAUUAUCCAUUUUAUACUAUAGCUAUACUUUAACACAUUUGCCAAAAAUGUGUUAAUUUGCUGGUAGAAAUGUGUUCAAGUUGUCGUGAUAACUAAAACAGACUUGCCGGUUUAGCUAACCAAACCAUUAGUCCUAGCUUGCUAUUAUGAAACAUGAAUUCGACAAUGCCAAUGUUUUCAAUUAAAUUUUUGCUUUCAAAAGCAGCUCAAACAAAACAUGUAAGAGUGAACUAUAGCCAUUGAAUUUUACGGUGUUGAUAUACCGUGCCUUUAUAGGGAAAUGAUGCAUGCUCUAGAAUGCCAAUCAGAAACAAGUAUUCAACAAUGCCAUUGGAUAGUCAAGCAAUAAGGCCCGAGGGGAUGUGGUACAUGGCCAAUAUACCACAGCUAAGGACUGUUCUUAAGCACAAUGCAGCGCAGAGUGUCUGGAUACAGCCCUUAGCCAUGGUAUUUUAGCCAUAUACUGUACCACAAACCAUUGCCGGGCCUUAUUGCUGUUAUAAAUUGGUUCCCAAAAAUAAAUAUUUUAUCAUUCCUGUGGUAUACUUUCUGAUAUACCACAGCUUUCAGCCAGUCAGCAUUCAGUGCUCUACUGCCCAGUUUAUAAUUGGAGAUUUUUUUUUGUUGUUGAUUAGAUUAGAUUUUUUUCAUUAAUAAGGCUAUUUUCUCUUGAACCAUAAGAUCUAUCUACUAGAAACCCAUGGACAAUAUGGACACAGUUAAAAUAAAUUAAUACUAUGAUAUAUAUUUUUACACUUCUAGUAUCAAUUACCACAGUUAUGAUCGAUUGUGAAAGAUUUUCUGUGAAUUAUCAAAAUUACUGAAGAUUGUGGUAACUUUGGUAAAUUACUGGUAGCUUUGCAACCCUACAUUUGAUACAUAAUACUGAAAAAUCUACCUCGUGCUUUUGGUUUGUUUUAAACAAGAGAUCCAAUCCCUUGUCCCUGUUUCACCUGUGCAUUUCUUCUAUAUGUCAAAUACACGUCUGCAUCAUCCUG